AUGGCAGUACACGUCGCUGAGAUCGACCAGAAUGGCUUGUUCCGUGCAGGUCAGAGUUUAACAGAGUUUCCAUCCUCUGCAUUUAAAAAUGUACAAUGGGUGAGGAUGUCACUAAUGCAUAAUCGCAUCAGUUUUCUGCCUCACGAGAUUUUUUGCAGCAACCUGGUGACUCUGUUGUUGAACUCGAAUACGAUUGAAGAGGUUCUGGAAGGCUUUUCGGAGACGCUGAAUGAGUUAAAGCUCACUGGUUUGCAAGAGCUUGAUAUGUGGAAGACGUUGUUUGCAUUUUCAUUGGAGUUCGAAACAAGUGAAGAAUUAAAGAAGGCCUCUUUGCAAGAUGUAUGCAAACUCCAUCGUCUCAAACGUCUGCGUCUAACGCUAAAAUCCCCAAUUGAGGAGAGAACUGUGGGGAAUCUAUUGGAAAUUCAAGAACUUUGGCUACUUUGGAUGCCCCAAGUCCAUCAAAAACAUCUACCCACUGACAUCCGGGCCAUGCAAAACUUGGAGAGGCUCCACCUGUAUGACUGUCACAUUGAGGGGAGCCCUGAUUUAUUCUCAGAAUUAGAAAAUCUCAACUACUUAAAGCUCAAAUCUUCCCAAUUACUGCUAACUCUUUCCGGAUUAGGGUUGGGCUGUUUAUACAAUCUGAAGGAAAUAGAGAUUGAGGAAUGUCCUCUGCUCACGGAAUUGGGAGAAGAAUUUGGGAGGAAAGGCUGCUUUCCAAGGCUGCGCGAGCUCAAACUGUGGAUAUUACCUUCUCUGGAGAGUCUGUCGAAUUCUGUUGAAAAGGGGGCUCUCCCCAUGUUGCAGACUUUGGCUAUAUUCCAUUGCAUUAAGGUUAAAGUACUGCCAUGGGGACUUGAUAAUGUCGAGUCUCUGGAACAGAUCAGAGGAGAUAACAAAUGGUGGAAUGAAAUUAGCUGGGAAGAUGAAGAGAUGAAGAACCAUCUUCAUGCUAAGUACGUGGAAAUCGUGGAAAUCCAUGAUUAUUAUCUUGUUUAA